CGCAGCGUGGGUUGCUGACGGGCCAGCAAGAGUCUAGACUCUAGAGCCUAACUUGAGUUAGGCAGGGGAAAGAAGGACGAAGACCACGACGAGUAAUAAGGGGAUUUUGUUGGCGACAGAGAGAUGGCUUUCGCUGCUGUCUUCCUCUUCGCGAUGUUCCUAGCCGCAUCCUGGCUGGUGGCGCAGCCGGUUAUGGCGCAACAGGGUCAGCAGUCUAUUCCUGAUUUGAUCGAGGGAUCCACGGCACGUAAGGAUUUGGGUGUUUUCGCUGAGGAUUUGCGAUCCUUCCCGAAUGCUCUGCAAGCGAUGGAGAGUCAGCGUCAAAAGCCUGAAGGGGUGACCAUCUUCGCACCCACCGACGACUCGCUGCUUGCUGCGCCGGAGUCCGUCACCCAAUGUCUACGGCAAUCACCUCGAGCCAAGGAGAUUGUGACGGCUUUCUUGCUAUCUCACGCGAUUCCCGGGAGUCUGCAGAUCGACGCGCUGACGACGAAGGUCAGCCAGUCGCCGAAUGGCAAGUUCAUGCAACCCACGUUGGCGGGAGGAGACUCCAGCGCCGUCGUUAUCCGCCAAGCCGCAUCAAGGUACCCUGGCGCGAAUACAGGCAUCUUCGUGGAUGAUGCGCAGAUCUUACCGGAUGGGUCCAACGUCGUGACCGCUUCGGGUGUCGUCGUGCACGCCAUCGAUGGGCCGAUUCUUACUCCGCAUGUCGUGCAGAUGCUCAGCGAAGCCUGUCCGGGGGCGGUGCCCUCCGCCCCACCUCCGCCCUACUCUGGUUGAGGGCAGUAGGAGCGCACGGACACGGGAUAAAGGUGUCACAGCUUC